GCCAGAAGGUCGACAACAAGGGGGUCAUGAUGCUCCGUUGCACGUUUUGCAACAAAGUUUUCCAAGGGACCCAGUUUCAGGCCACGAGGCACUUCUCRCAGACAAACUACUGCAAGGACGUCAGCGACGAGGCGUUGUACGAGAUUGCUCGACGGACUCAGCAGAAGUUUGAGGCCGAUCAGAUGGAGAGGGUGUCGAGGUAUGCAGCGGAGCGCGGACUCGAUGUGCCCGGCACGGGUGGUGCAAGGGGAGGAGAGGUGGGGCGGCGUCCGACGGAGGGAGGGGUCGGGGGAGAUGGUGGGCAUGGUGCGGCAGACCCCACUUUGGGUGGUGGAGGCGGUGAGACAAAGGAGGGCGUGAUCCACGUGGAUCGUGAGGCGCGUGGCCCGGGUGACGAGGGAGUCCCGGAACGGGAGGACGUGCCUGAGGUUUAUCCAGGCACUGAGGAGAGGUUGGAGGACUGGCGGAGGCGAGCAGGCAAGGGAGCUGCAACGGAGGGGUCUUCCAAGAGGAAGGAAGGAGGGAGUGAUCCGACUGCCACCCCAACAGGGAAGAGGCUUCGGCAGCGGAAGGUGACUGAUGUCUACGGUGGCGAGUGGGUUGCCCGCCACAAGAAGGCAUUCCUUCGCUGGUUGUAUUCCAGCGGGGUCUCCUUCAAUGCCUUCCGCAACCAGGCGUGGAAGGCAUAUCAGCAGGUGCUUCUUGAGCAGCCUGGCAGUUCCCCACGCGCAGUGCUCCCCAACCACUACGAGAUUGCGAGUAUGCGGGCGGUGGAGACCCACCGUGCGGAGUUGGCGGAGGAGUUGGAGGAGGUGGAGAGGUACGAUGCUUGGCUUGUGGGGCAAGCCAAGAGGUACAUUUUGACGCAGACGGGAUUCGAGCUGGAGGGUGCGGAGUACAUCCUUGCAUGUCGGCAGUUUGAGGACUUCCACAUUCAGCAGGGCAGGUUCGGGGAUUGGGGCGGUCCGGAGGGGCGUGCUCGUGGGCGCGCGUGCAGCGGCGACAGCGAGACGAUUGAGUGCGCGUCUUGGUGGUCUCAGUUCGGGUCGGGUGCGCCACAGUUGCAGCGUUGCGCUCUUCGGGUGAUGCACAUGUGGUCUUGCGCCUCUCCAGCGGAGAGGAACUGGGCAGUCCACGAGGGCAUUCACACGAAGAAGCGCAACCAAUUGGCCUUCGAGAAGGUCGUGCAACUCAUUGAGAUCACCGCAAAUGUGCGGUUGACUGAGUAUCGGCGGGCUGGAUGCGGUUAUGUGCUGCCAUGGCAGCGGGACGAGGGCAUGUUGGAUUGCCAGGCAGGACUCGAGUUGGAGCCUGUGCGCACGGGAACUCGCAGGGGGAUGACGGACGAGGAGAUUGCCCGUCAGGUUGCACUUAUUACCCGGGAUCCCAUCGGGGCGUCCGCACCACCCUUGGCUGAUGCCGUUUUCGAUAGACGUGCUUGCAUUUUUCGUCCCUACCCUAGGGACGACGACUCAGACGAGGAGCCGAUACCCGAGGCGGCAGAUGACCCUGAGGAGGGGGGACCUUCGGCAGCAGCAGUGGAGAGUUCGAUCGCACCAACGGCUGUGUCGGACGCGACGAUCGCGGCCGCGGUGGAGGAGAUAGCAGGAGCAGCAGUAGCAUCAGUGCUAGAGGAGAUGGCAGCAUCAGUGCUGGCGGAGGAUCCACCAGCGGCAGGACGAGGUGCAGCAGUGGAGGGGCAGGUGGCAACAGCAGGAGGAGCAGGUGGAGGAGCAGCAGCAGUGGAGGUUGAGGUGGCAGCAGCACUGGAGGAGGAGGAUGCACCGCCGGCAGCUGCAAUGGAGGAGGAGAUAGCCGCACAGGCCGAGGUGCAACGUGGGGGCGAUGAUGAGCGCCUCAUGCAGCAGUUCUUCACGGAGGAGCUCGGUUCGGCCAUAGCGGGUAUGACCCCGGGUGUGGAGAGGGGGUUUGGGAUUUCAGAUUCGGAGAUGGGGACCCACUUAGACUUGGAUUUGUCGGUUGGCCUUCCACCCAGUUGCGGUGGGGCGACAUCGACGGAUUGGGCUCCAUCGAGGGACGAGGCGCCAGGCAGGACUUCGACGCAGACCGCCAGAGAGAGGACGACGACUCAGUCUCCAGAUGCAGCACACAACAUCAUGGAGCGAGAGAGGGCUAGACUUUUGGCAUCGACUGACCCUCAUGCUCAGGCGUUCGCACGGGCCGUAGAGGACGCCAGACGUCUAGAGAUAGGGGGGGAUUGUGUGCAGGGUGGGGUGGUGGUGGGGGAGGACUUUGCGGAGGGAGUGGCAGCAGAGCCGGUACCCGAGGCUAUGCCGGGUGGAGCAGAGACAGCGGACGUUACUGUGGAGGGACGGACUCAGGCGGUGGAUGAGGCAGUGCAGGCAGGACAGCGACGAGUCGAGGGGGCUAUAGACUCAUAACGCGAGGGGCAGGAGACAGCGACGGGUCCAGUCGUUCCGUUCUCGGGCCUGCACUUGGCUCA